AUGCGGUGCGCGAACAAGGCCGCUGAGAGCGCGUCUGCACGUCUCUGUGCAGACGCCGAAGCAGAAACCGCUGCAAAUGAUGUGUCAUCGGUUGCUAAAGCGUCUCAGCCUGUAUCACCUGGUGAUGCAGGUGCUCGUCAUGAAGACACUCAUGUAUUCACAGAGCAUGAGCUCGGAGUCUCAUACUCUCCUGACACGGAAGACGGAUCCGUAUCGACGGCGAUCGAAUCCAAGCCGUCUGCCAAGCGUGGCAUGGAUGAUGCUAUGCGCCGCAGCAUCUUUGGUUCAUCUGAUAAAUCGUAUGAGCUAUCGCCGAAGCGAAGGCGCUCGAAGUCGCGAGACUCGGGCGCUCACAGUGGUGUCGGUUCUCCUAUUGACACCACUUCGCAACGAGGUGCCAGUACUUCUGUCGGCACGUCGCAAGAAGAGCGGGACCGCAACGUGUUGCGCCUCGCUCCCAAAAAGAAGGCAUCGCUGCAUCCAAAGUCGGUCAUGGAUCGCUUGUCGGCGACGACAAGUGAUCGCUAUCGUUCACGAUUAUUCGAUUCGUCAAGGAUCCAUCACCUUGACCCCAGUGCGAAAAACUAUCGCGCUGAGAAUGAAUUAUUCAUCGAUGCUUUCUUUAAACAUCGAUGGUACAGUGGGAAUCACAAACGUGAUGGUCCCUCACGGCUCCAAGCGUGGAACGCUAACAUCCGUAACCUUGAGGAUGUAGGUCGUGGCGUUUGGAACGACAAACUUAUCGAGGCUCGUAAUAAGUUUGAAACGCGAACCCCGAUAGGUGCACGCUAUAAGCUGCAUCGUCUGUCAAAGGAGGGUGGGUUAUGCUGUCUUUCCUGGGGAGACCCGUGCCCUUGUUGUGCAAACAACUCUGCGCGCGCACCUAAGGAGGCCUACCUCCUUACUAGCCCGUGGUGGCGCGAUUUGCCGCGUCGUACUGCUCAACCAGACCCAGUACGUCAAUCAUCAGUUGGGGUCGGGGCUCCCAAGAAUCCCAGGACGGGGGAUAGCCGCGCCACCGGACGAGAUAACUCGUCCGACAAUCGUUCACAUCGCGGUGGCUCAACAGCCGCUCAAUCAGAUAGCGCUGGCUACCGCGAGAGUCCUCCAACGAGGGUGGAGGAGGAGGGAAAACGCUCUCCAAACUAUCUUUGGGGAGCGUGUGUCUCCAAGAGCUUCUUGGAUCGCGUAACUCUUGCGUUACGCGGCGACCUCGAGCAUGAGCGGGACAGGUGUCUUCAACUGGCAGAAAAAUGUCUUGAAGCAUCGAGCUGA